AUGCCGCACGCCUUCAAGCCCGGGGACUUGGUGUUUGCCAAGAUGAAGGGCUACCCGCACUGGCCGGCCCGGAUUGAUGACAUUGCUGAUGGUGCUGUGAAGCCCCCACCCAACAAGUACCCCAUCUUCUUCUUUGGUACACAUGAAACAGCCUUCCUGGGACCCAAAGACCUAUUUCCCUACGACAAGUGGAAAGAAAAGUACGGGAAACCCAACAAGAGGAAAGGCUUCAAUGAGGGACUGUGGGAGAUCCAGAACAAUCCCCACGCCAGUUACAGUGCCUCUCUGCCGGUGAGUUCUUCUGACAGUGAGGCCCCUGAAGCUGACACAGCCGGCAGGAGUGAGGACGAUGAAGACAGGGGGGUCAUGACUGUUACAGCCGUGACUACUGCAGCCGCCAGCGACAGGAUGGAGAGCGAUUCGGACUCAGACAAGAGCAGUGACAACAGCAGUCUGAAGCGAAAAGCAUCAACUUUGAAGAUGUCGGUCUCAAAACGAGCCCGGAAGGCCUCCAGUGACCUGGAUCAGGCUAGUGUGUCCCCAUCUGAGGAGGAGAACUCUGAAAGCUCAUCUGAGUCAGAGAAGACCAGUGACCAGGAUUUCACCCCUGAGAAGAAAGCCAUGGUUCGGGUGCCACGGCGGGGCGCCCUGGCAGGACGGAAGAAAAAGAAGCCACCAUCGGCCUCUGACUCAGACUCCAUACCGGAAUCUGAAGGGGUCAAAGUUGAGCCAGUGGCCGUGACCAGGUCAGCCUCUUCCUCCUCUUUGGCCUCCUCGUCCUCCUCCUCAGACUCCGACGUGUCCGUAAAGAAACCUCCCAGGGGCAGGAAGCCAGCUGAAAAGCCUCCCCCAAAGCCCCGCGGGCGGAAACCGAAGCCUGAACGGCCCCCGAGCAGCUCAAGCAGUGACAGCGACAGCGAGGAGGUAGACCGGAUCAGCGAGUGGAAGCGCCGUGAUGAAGAACGGCGCCGUGAGCUGGAGGCCCGGCGGCGCCGGGAGCAGGAGGAGGAGCUGCGGCGGCUCCGGGAGCAGGAGAAGGAAGAGAAGGAGCGGAGGCGCGAACGGGCUGAGCGUGGGGAAGCCCUGCCAGGGGGCAGCGGGGGAAGCAGCGGCGAUGAGGUCAGGGAUGAAGAAGAGCCCGUCAGGAAGCAGCGUGGCCGGAAGGGACGGGGACGGGGGCCCCAGUCCUCCUCUGACUCGGAGCCGGAGGCUGAGCUGGAGAGAGAGGUGAAGAAAUCAGCUAAGAAGUUGCAGCCACAAAGCACAGAGCCUGUGAGGAGACCCAGCCAGAAGGAGAAGAAAGGGCGCCCUGAGGAGAAGCCCCGAUCCAGGCCCGUGAAGGUGGAACGAACCCGGAAGCGGUCAGAAGGGUUCCCACCCGACAAGAAGGUCGAGAAGAAGAAAGAACCUUCCGUGGAGGAGAAGCUUCAGAAACUGCACAGCGAGAUCAAGUUUGCCCUCAAGGUCGAUAAUCCGGAUGUGAAGAGGUGUUUGAAUGCACUAGAGGAGCUUGGGACCCUGCAGGUGACCUCACAUAUCCUCCAGAAGAACACUGAUGUGGUGGCCACGUUGAAAAAGAUUCGCCGUUACAAGGCCAACAAGGAGGUGAUGGAGAAGGCUGCGGAAGUCUACACCCGGCUCAAGUCUCGGGUCCUGGGACCAAAGAUUGAGGCCAUUCAGAAGGCAACCAGGACUGGAGUGGAGAAGGAGCCGACUGAGGCGGAGAAGCCUGAGGAGGCUCCAGCUGGAGAGGAGGCCCCGUCGGAGAGGGCAGAGGAUGAGGCCGGUGCUGAUCUCUCAGCCUCUGUGAAUGGUGAGGCCACAUCCCAGAAGGGUGGGAGCAUGGAGGACAAGGAACAGGAGGAAGGACAGAACUCGGAAGAGGGGCCGGUGGGGGGCUCCUCUGAAGACUUGUUACACAAUGACAGCGCGAGGGAGGGCCCCGACCUGGACGGGCCUGGGAAGGACCGGCAGGAGCGCCAGAGGGCGCGCGUGGACUCUGAGUCCCUGGACGACGAGGACAGCUGA